AUGCUCCUCCUCGUGCUGCGUCGUCCGUCCGUGCAACGCCAUUCGGCACUUCAAGACCGUCUCGUCCACCGAAUUGAGCCUCUCCGCUGGUUCAGCUCCAAUGUUCUGCCGAAGAAUGGAGAAAAGAGCAGUGAGAAAGCAGAAGAGACCAACACCAAGUUGUGGGACAAAGUACUGGCGAAUCAACCGGAUCAGGCAGAGACGCAGAGAGGUGAUCUACUUUAUGAAUACGUGCGGAAGCGCUAUUUCGGCCUCAUGUCGGCCGGAUCUCUUGCUCAUAUUGCCUUCUGGUCGUGGCUUAAGGGUUACGAACAGAGUCUUGUGGAGAUGCACCCGGUGCUGGGCGAGCCGACGCUCUUUUCGUUCAUUUCGGAUGAUUUCGGCUCCUCUGUUGGCUUUGGCACGAGUAUUCUGCUGGCUGGACUCAUUGGUUUUCAAGCAAGACGAACGGUCGCCCGCAUUUCCGUUGUUGCUGGUGGGGACAAGUUGCGCUUCACGACCCACAAAUUCUUUGGAAAUUUAGGAAUGCCCAUUGACGUUCCGGUCUCGUAUGUGUCUGCACACCCCAACACCAAAAACAACAUCAUUCUCAAGCUAGCCAACACGCGCGGUUUUUUUCUGGUGGACACGAAAGGCAGAUUUUUCAACCGCGAUAAGCUCGAGCGGAUGAUUACGUUUCGCACCAGUUUUGGAGAGCACGAAAAGAUGAUGGAAGAGAAGAUGACAGUAGAAGUACGGACGGACUUACCGCGUGUCGAUCUGAAGACUGAAGCAGCGCAGAACGCGGCCAAGCGAAAAGUCCCGACAGGACCGCACUCACCGGCCCGCCAUGGGAAUUUACUUGCCAGGAAGCACACAAAAGUGAAGAAGCGUGGCAAGAAGAAGUAG